AUGGGUUCUAACUUUAUAAUAAUGCUAGCAUUAAUAUUUGCUUUAACUUGUUCCAUUGCCUUUGCUUCUGAUCCUAGUUCUCUUCAGGAUUUUUGCGUCAAAGAAUCCAGCAGCUCAGCAUUACUAAAUGGGUUUGUGUGUAAGGACCCAAAGCAGGUCGAAGCUAAUGAUUUCUUAUUCAGCGGGCUUCACACAUCGGGGAACACAUCAAACGCAGUUGGUUCUCGAGUGACUCCAGUUACUGUAACUCAAAUUCCAGGGCUCAAUACUCUAGGCAUCUCACUUGCCCGAAUCGACUAUGCCCCAUGGGGUAUUAACCCACCACACACUCAUCCUCGUGGUAGUGAGAUAUUGACUGUUUUACAGGGCAGCCUCGAAGUGGGCUUUGUCACCACCAACCCUGAUAAUCGUCACAUCACAAAAGUUCUUCAAAAGGGUGAUGUCUUUGUUUUCCCAGUUGGACUCAUUCAUUACCAGAGAAACAUUGGACAUGGUUAUGCAAUUGCCAUUGCUGCUUUGAGUAGCCAAAAUCCUGGGGUUAUUACCAUUGCCAAUGCAGUCUUUGGAACUACACCAAAUAUCUCUGAUGAUAUUCUUGCUAAGGCUUUUCAAGUGGAUAAGAAUGUAGUCUUGAAUAUUCAGUCUAAGUUUUAG